UAUUCCUUGACCGCAUCCCGACUGUGGAAUACCGUCAGACUGGCUCUUAUGAUUUCAGAAAAUAUUACGAAAACCUUUGUGCCCUUCAAAAUUGCUUUCCACUAACUUCUAUCACAAGCCAAGUUGAGGAAGGUGUGCUCGAUAUUACUGCAGACAGACUAAAUAUUUCGGAGUGGGAGCCAAUCCUGAAUUCUGUGAAAAUCAAUCGAAAUUUACGUUUCAUUGCCAUUAGAAGCUUCUGCCAACAUAUGAGUAUGCCAG